AUGGAAAACGUUAUUGAAACUCCUGGAGUUGAACGCACAGAGUGCCCGCCCGGGAGGGAGAGUGAAAAGCCCACGUCACCUGUUGUGUGUGAAGAUGAUCCAAACUAUGCAGAUGGCUGCCCUCUGAAAGCUGCCGUUACAAACUAUUGCAGAGACCAAGAGGAGUUUAUGAGGAGGCAUUGCGCAAAGUCGUGCAAAUUUUGCAAGGGAGCAUCGACUGCACAACUCACAACUGAGGCGAUAAAGCCACCGGCACCAGUGGUUUGUGAUGAUGAUCCAAACUACGCUGAUCGCUGUCCUGAGAAAGCCGCCGGAUGCGCAGACAAUCCACAGUUCAAAGACCAAUGCGCGGACAUUGCUUUGACACCAGGCCUUUGUCAAGAGCAGGAAGACUUCACGAGAAAGAAUUGCAAAUCGUCAUGUGGAUGGUGUGGUUCACCAGCAACAAAGCCUCCUAUUCAGGAAAUCUGUGACGAGGAUGCACCAAAGUGGAGACACAAAUGCCCAAUAUGGGCCGCGAUGGGGGAAUGUGAAAUUCGGAAGAAGUUUAGAUUCUAUGAACAUUACUGCCCAAAGUCUUGCAAAUUUCCAUGCAAAAAAGCUUUCUGUCGCGACCGAGACAGAAAUUGCGAGUGGUGGAAGUCAUUUGGAAUGUGUGAAAAUCACGGAAGAAAUUCCUCCAUGGCCGUUUACUGUGGAGUGACCUGCGGCUUUUGCAAAGCACCUACCCCAGAGG